CCUUAUGUACUGACUCGUUACUGCCUUUGUCUUGGUUGCCAUGUAGCCGAGGAUUACAAACUGAGAUGACCUUGCUAAUUCUCUUCGACGAGCCUGAAUGAAUUUCUUUUUGUCAAAGAUCGGUGAGGAUGCUUUUGUCCAGCACAGCACGUUCAAAAGGACCGUUGCAGCUUUCUUUGUUACCAUGGCAUAUAUACGGGGUCGAUGGCACCCCACAUGUCUUCAAGACCGCCACGAAAGACGUUCACAUCCUUCCCGUCGCUGAGCGGCCAUGGCACCUCAUCGAACUCAAAAACAAAGGCCCAGGCCUUUGACAAAACUGGAGAGUAUAGUUCUCCCUCGAUAUGCUUCGCAUCAUGCCCGAAUCUGGGCGGAAUUGGCGUACACAGUUGAUGAGAGAUUGAGAAACACUGUUGGAACUACUACUACCCUCGACGAACGGCUCGUGGUGAUCGGCUUUAGAGAGUUCAUGGACAGGUUGAAUGAGCGCGGCGUAUCUACCGGGCUAGGUAAAAGAACGACGGAACAUAAAACUGCUCGUCAGCUCCUCCAGGAUGCAGCUGACAAUGGGUACGUGGAACUGCACUACCACGAUGGUCCCCCGCCUAGGCAGAUCAACACUAUCGUCGUCCUCCCGACUGCGAGGGAUAAGCUUACUGGAUUCCUCCCGAGAAUGCGGGGGUUUGAUAACUUGCCGGAGCGAGUUGUAUACCAAGGAGCUUUGGCACUUGCGAAACGCAACUUUUUCCCCAAUGGCUGCAGGCAACCUACGAAGGAACAGUUCGCUGAGCGCAAUAUCGAGAAAUACAUAAAGCUACAAUCGUACAAGCGGAAGCUGCUGACGAGGACCCUGAGUACACAAGAUGCGAACCAAGUGAGCUCGUUCACGGUUCUGCUAGAGAGUGAACACGUCGUGGGUACUCAAGGACCGGAACCUCUGUCUGAUGGUGGUAUUCACCAACCGAUGGAUGUGGAGCCCAGGGAGAUCUUGGAAACAGAUAGUCUGAACACAAGAGAGGUCGAUAUGGGAGUUCAUGCGUCCGUGUCCGAUGUAACCCCUGUGACUCCUCGAGUCCCACAGCCCAUCAACUGGGUCUGCUCGGGGAUAAUGAACUUAUGGUACGCGACGCCUGAAUCUCUUCCUCGAAGAACGGCCUGCAUUGUACCCGAAACACCUUCUACUCCAUCUCCGGUCUCGCGAGUGGAGGAUGUCGUUGAUAAUGGGAGCUUGGUCGAUACUGGCAACAUACCCAUACCUGGAGAAUAUGAAGAAGCAAGUGAGGUUGGUGCACUCUUCCAACAAACUGCCGCCUUUGAAGGAUGCUUGGCAGCAUUGGACGGCCUUUAUAAGGCAGCUAUCGAAGCGUCCGCCUUUGCCAAAGCCAAAACCAGGUUUGGGAGGAAGUUGGCCGAGGCUGAGCGUGACCUAGAGUCAUUGCGUCGUGACCUUACCAACUCCAACGAGCGUGCUAUGGAACUUACCCGCCAGAGAGACGACAAGGCCAGUGAAAUUGAACGAUUGCGUGCGGAGAUCGAAAGAAUGGGCGAACGCAUCCGUGCUCUUGAAUCGACUCUGGAGUUGUUGAUCGGUACGGCUCAGGCUGCCUUAGGGUAGUUCCAACCAAGUGGCAUUAUGGGACUUUGUUUGAGGGACUCGUGCGCGGCUGACCGCUUGUAAUGCUAUUGUACUUGUGUAUAUUUCAGCGAUU